CUCAUCCAUACCAUCCUCAAGGUGGUCAAAUCAUUUAUGUGUCGAUCAACAGUCGAUCGUCUGAGGCUGAGUUUGUUAUUCCGAAUAUCCGAAACAAACACGAUCGUCACAGCUGCCGAACACAUCGAUCGUAUUUGAUUUGAGGGGCUAUUUGAGCCAUACACCGAGAGUUCCACGAUUUCAGUGUGUCGGCAGCAAUCGCGGGAGAUACUACUCCAAAAAAACAAAAACCGGGAGAAAAAAACCAUACUCGAUGUGCAAAAUGUGUGAAGCGCAAAUUGUGUGACAGUUUUAGGAAAAAUUAUAGGACCUUGAGUGCGAAAAUUAUUUGAACGAAUACUCGAAAUCAAAUCGCUGUGUGAGCUCUAAUUGAUUGAGCGAAUUACAGGGCGACAAAUAAUGCAAUUUAUGGCAAGUUUUUUUGCCAAACGGAUUUCAUGCUUCAGUUGCAGUUGGGAAAUCACAGUUAACACAGCGAUUAAUAUCAAUGUGUUGCAUUUAUUUCAAAUUCAAUUUCAAUUUGGACAAGGUCAAGCCAACAUUGAUGAUGACCUCCCUUUGGGUCUGGCUAUGCUUCAGCUUAGCGGCACUCCCACACAACUGCCACGCCCACUACAUACAAAUCGACCACGAAGAGUUUCGCGCCAGUGGGUAUCCCCAUCCACCGUUGCCACCAGCCCCUCUGACACCUCUAGAGCUCGAUCAUCUGCCACAUGUGGUGGCCACCAAUCCUUUGACGCCUGCCGAGGUGAUGGUGGAUCUGACCAACGAUCUGACGCAUCGCCUGCUUCACUAUCACUCCAUACUCAAUCGGAAUAAUUUCGCUUUCUCACCCACGGCCCUGGUUAGUGUCCUGGUGGCACUCUACGAAGGAUCCGCGGGACGCAGCGCCAGCGAAUUGCGGAAUGUUCUGCAGUUGCCCAACAAUCGUGACGUCAUACGCGUCGGUUACCGCGACAUCCAUCGACGACUGCGGACCUAUUUCUUUGGCUCCGAUAAUCCUCUGAAAGGACUCAGCUUAAGCAGAAAUAAUGUCACUGUGCUCAAGGAUUUUGAAACGGUUUUAAUGUUUUACGGCUACGAUCUGAGCAUCGAUAUGAUCUCCUCCACGCCAGCCAAUGUCACAGCAGCCAACACCACACUCUCGGGCAAUGCCACAGCUGAUGCAAUGCAGGCAGAGACUACAACAAGCAGCGAUAUAGAGACAACCACUGAGCCACCUACAACCACAGCAGCCACAGCUGAAGAGACUACAACGACACCUGCGCCCACUACAACCACCGAGGAAGCGACAACCACAACCGAAGAGGCGGAAGCCAGCAGCACGGAGGCAGCAGCUGCCACAGAAUCUGGCGAGGCAACCGAGCCAGCAGGAGACGAUGAGGCAGCCGAGCUGGUUUCCGCUUUUGUGGCCGAAGAGGAUGCAGAACCCUUUUUGCGCAUACAAAAGGCGCGGGUGUCGCGUUUACCAACCAGUAAAUUGCAGGCGCCGCUGAAGCACUCGAAUCCCAUUACACCUAAGCCCAACUAUUUGCCUAGUGCACGCAUUGCAGUGAUGCCCAUGAUGGCCAGACAAGUUCAAGCUCCGGUGCAGCGAAAGGCAACCACAACAACUCCAACACCAAGUUCACGACAAGUUGCAACUACGACGCCAGCAACGCCACAAGCAACCACAUCCCGGAAAGCAAAGACAGCUCGUCAUAAGCGUCAUGUGCUGGGCUACAAGGAUCUGGAUGCGAAUCUCUUUGUUUCACUCUUUAGUCCACAUGGUCCACACGCAGCUGCUGCAGCGCUUCCGUUGCCCAUUCCACCCACAGCUGGAUUUACACACUUCACCAACGAGUUUGAGCCUCAUUACAUUAGUGAUGGCGUUGAAUCCAAGACAAACUACAACACGGAUGUGAUUAGUCAUGUGUUUUAUCUUGGCAGCCAGCAAGUGGUGCACACCACCUUCAAGGUCUACAAUGCUGUGUUGUAUUACAAGUACUUUGAGCACCUGAAGAUGAGUGUGCUUGAGCUGGAGCUGGACACUCCCGAGUAUAAUUUAAUGAUACUACUGCCCGACUACCACAUGGACAUUGUGGCUGCGGCUGCUUCGCUCAAGCUGGGACCAACGUUGCGUCUGAUGCGCAAGCAGCUAAAGCCACGUUGGGUUCAGGCCAUCAUACCGGACUUUAAGCUGCAUGGCACAAUGUUCCUCACCAACGAUCUGCAGAAUAUGGGCAUCUGUGAUAUAUUUGAGCCAAAUCGUGCCGAUUUUCGACCCAUGACUGAUGAGAAAGGCAUCUACGUGCGACACAUUGAGCAAUCGAUUGACGUCAACAUUCGUACGCAUCCCAUCAAUCAAUUGAAACGCAACACAGGCGCUCAAACGAAGCCCAUACAGAUCUCUGUUAAUCAUCCGUUUCUGUUUUUCAUCAUCGAUCGCGACUUGGACGUGGCUGUGAUGUCGGGCCGCAUACUCAAUCCCCUCAACGUGCGCAUACAAUGAAUGCUCCAUUCAUCCAUCGAGCCGAGCCGAGCCACACUCACAGUCAGUGGUGCAAAACGAAGGUCAACACGGUGG